GCAACCCCGCGCCGUUCAAUCGGAAGUGUUAACUAGCUGCUUCGUAAUAGUCAGCAUAAUUCGCAUUUUACUGUCCUCCACCGCACAUUGAGUGUCGCUUUGAAUAUUUGUGUCAUGGACAUCGAACAGUUUCAAGCCUUGGAUGCUGACUGUCCUGGUUCCAAAAUGCAGUCGAACGUCUACAGUGGAUUGGGAGACCUGGAAGCCCAGGCAGUCAAUAAAGAGAGAGAGUGGAAGGAACUCCAGGCUAGAAGGAUUCAUCUAUUAGAAGAAUCUCUUGAAAAGGCUAACAAAGAGUGUUUGUGUCUCAGACACCAGAAUCAGAGCCUGAAGAUGGACUUUCAGUACAACCUGGAGAUCCUGGAUGAACGAGACAGAGAGCUGGAGAGAUACGAUAUGAUCACUUCCAAGGCUGUAACUGUGGAGCAAAACAGGCAGGAGGAGCUGAGUCAGCUCCGUAUUCAGGUUGCCAUGCUGGAGGAGAGGCAAGCCAAAGACGCUGAGGCGAGACAGGAGGAGCAGCUUGUUAGCCAGAACAAAGCUGCUCAACACAAGCUGCAGCUGGAGGAGCUCAGACACUCGAUGACAGGCAAAAUUCAAAAACAAAUGGAGGAACACGAGAGGGUCAAAUUGGAGUUGCAGCACAGAAUACAAGAGCAAGAAGGAGAAAUGAUGCGGCUUAGACAGGUGAUGACAACAGCCAUGGACACAAAGUUCAAAGAGCACGAACAUGAAUUCAACUUGAAGCGAGAUGAGAUGCAGGCAAUGUUGCUUUCUAGGGACCUCAAGAUAAAGCUUCUAUCUAAAGAGACUGAAAUACAGAGCCAAGCUAAACUGGAAGCGAACGAAGUGCUCAAAGCAUCUGAUGAGUUCUUAAAGCAGUUACAGGCCCAGUUGCAACAAAAGGACCAGGUGAUGGAUGAUAUUACCAACGUCAAAGAUGUCAGAAUAAAGCAGCUUGAGGACAAGUUGAAACAGGUGGAGAAAAAGCUGAAAAAGAAGGAAGAUGAUCGCAUGACAAAAAAUAAGGACAUUAUCCAGACUUUGAAGGAGAAGGAGAAGCAGUUGAAGGCUCACUGUCAAGCCCACAAAAAGCACCUACAGAAAGCUGAGGAACGCAUUGUCAAACUACAGGAUGGCAUCGCGGUUACAUCUGCUCAGACUCACUUGGCACAGAGAGACAUGCAGAUGGCCUUAGGUGACAAAGAUGAUACAAUAAAAAGGCUUCGUGUGGAAAUGGAUACAAGUCAGACUGCCUGGGAGAGUUACAUGAGUCAGGCUUCCAGCGAGAUGGUCGCCAAGGAUGCAGAGGUGAUAGGCCUGCGGGAAAGCAAUCACAAACUCAAGGCAGAACUGGAAAGGAGCAGGGAGGAGAUAAAGAGAUACAAACAGGAUGUGAGUGCCGGUUUAAAGAGAGAGGCGGACUUGCAGCAGUCGCGAGUGCAGGUAGAGCUUGAUUGGCAGAGGCGCUAUGAAGAUGCCAAGGUUAAACACUACCUUGCUAAUGAGCAGCUUAUUCAAGACUUGACCCAGGCCAGAGACCAGGCAAAGGCGGAGCUCGGUGAGAAGGAAAAAGAACUACGAGGCCUGACUGUCUCGAUUCCUUCUGUCAAAAAGGGGCAAGACAAUGGAGUACAGGGCCUCAUGCCAAGGACGGACGUUCAAACAUCUGAGGAGAUACGUUCCCUAAUGGAGCAAAACAACAUGUUGCGAUCUGUGGUUAGCCAGAUGAGAAAAAAUAUGGAGGAUCUCAGUGAUCUCCAACAACAUCCUCAGCCCACGCUUCAGAACUACUCCACUGAUGCUAUGAAACCCUGCGAAGCCCCCGCUGCUACCUCCAUCACCUCCGCAACUGAACCUCUUGCCAAGCAUUCUGACAUCUCUGCCAACACCAUCCCAGUAGAUGUAUCAGACCACACUGAGGCUCUGAAGCAGGAGGCCCUGUCGAGGGCUCAUUGCAGACGACUUGAGAGGAAGCUGCAAGGUGCUUCAGGGCUCUUGAACCAAGUUCCUGCUGAGUCCUUGGUCCACACAUCUUUAGGCAAACCGCAUCCACAUGACAAUGGAUGUAAGACAGGUCACUGUUUGGAGAAGCACGCAGACAACACGUUUUUGAGGAAACAGCUGGUGAGGGGGCUACAUGCAAACGCCAGCGAUCAGACUGCUCUGGUACAACAUCUCCAACAUGAGAAUCCCUACCAGCAACAACUCACCUCAUCUCUGACGGUUGGCGCUGCAUCCCCAAGGAACAACGCCGAGGUGCGUGCCAGGCUGAAACAGGCAGUUUGUCACAUUCUCCAACUGAGCCAGGAGAAGCAACAGCUUAUACAGAUGGGCAACUGCCUGCGUGCCCGCAUCACCACUGCAGCGCGACAGGAUUCAUUUAAGGAAAACAGAGAUUGUGUUAUGGUGGAACAAGAACGUCAACAUGACCGACUUUCUGCUCUGGAGGAACUACAGUACAAGCUCACCACACAGGAGCUUCAGUAUGCAGUAAGACAGAUGGCUUGCAGGGCUUUUGAAGGCACAGGGCCUCCCAUAAAAGGAGAUGACGAUGAUCGAUCCAGAGGGCACAACACCCCUGAUGAGUCUGAGACAUCUAAAAUGUCAGAUGUAAGUUCUUCGGUCAACCAACUACAGAACUCGUUGGAGGUGAAGAUGCAGUCCAGUUCAGACGACACUCUACCAUCGUUGAAAGCAAUCUGGGAAAUACUGGACCAUGGACUCAGUUCAUCCAUACACUCAGAGGGUGAAAGUGAACUGAACAGGAUCAGGGCAACUAAGCCCGGCAGUGUUGGAGUGAUGGUUUCUGGUACCAGAGCUCCCAUCCACAGACAUCGCCCAACUGCGUUCCAGCAGAAGAGGAAACCUUACAAAGCAGCGUUUAACCCUGCAAAGUACACUACACAUGAAGGCCCUGAUAAAAUCAGUAGGAUCAGGAACUAUAAUGUUAAAGACUGACAUACAUUUAAAAUCUUUAUGGUAAUUGUGUGACCUGUCCCGCUGAUGGUUUGAGGUGAAUUCCAUUCAGCUUUUGCUGUGCACCAGCACAACUGGCUAUAAUAUAACCUACAGAACACAGUGCUGCCACCACCACGAUUAGUGUUCUUAUAAGUUUGAAACGGUGAUGGCCAAAUAGAUCAAUCUUUUUCUCUUCUGACCAUGAACAUUCUAUCCACAAAGCAUCUGGCUUGUACAUGAGGGCAGCUGCACAUUUCAGUCGAGCUUCAAGGUAUCGAUUGCAAAGCAGUUACUAAGUUGUUGAUUCAUCACUCUCUCAGUCCGUGGUAAAACUGUAGUAUAACUGUUUACUGUGAACUUUCUUAUUGCAGAAGUUUCCAUUUCAUGGCAGGCUUUAGUUUUGACAAAUCCUUUGUUCUUAGGAUAUCAAAUUUCCUUUUACCUGAGGGUGACACUCUAUGGGUCUCUUCCAGACCUUGGCACGUCCAAAUAACAUAUGUAUGAUUGUUUAACUGAUGAACUUUGAAUCUGCAGUUGUUAAGAAUAAUGUUUCAAAGAAAAAAAAUGUGAUACUAGCAAAAACAGGAUGUUUUGGUUAAACAUUACAAACACUGAAAAAAUGUAUUGAUCAACCUACAUCACAGCAGUGUUAAGGCAAAGACACUCCUACACAAACACUUAGACUACAAUUGUGGUUUUAGGCAAGCGAUUACUAAAAUAUUAAUUUUGGCAUUAACUUUAGAUCUUCACUGAGUCUUUUGGACUUUCACAUUGUUCUGAGUUGAGUUAUGGUCGAUCCAAUCCAACAAAUCCCUUUAAACUACCAAAGUCUAGACUAUCAGCUACAGUCAAUCAUGACCCCUUACAAGGAAUCAGUCGACCUUGCUCUUGUCAAGUUAAAAGACAUCAUGGAAACCCAGGCAUGGCUUAUAAGAUUUUGGUGUCUUGAAUGUGUGUAUUUAUGACACUUUUUAAAUUACAGAAAAUCCCAAAUAAACUUAGUUAUGCACUUAAUUCUUGUUUUUAAAAAUCAUUGAAAAUGAUGCUGUAAUAUACAGUAAUUUAAGAACCGUUCAAAUAAAUCAUGAAGGGAUAUUGACUGCAUUAUAGGUCUGACUGGACCUGUAUGGAGUUAGACAGAUGUGGACAAGGAUUCAAGGGAAAAAGAAGCAGUGGCUAUGGGUCAAGUGCAAGGAUCCUUGCUGGGUUCACAUAUCAGCAGCAUGGCAUGGCCUGUUGUUUUGGAGACACUGAUGUGUGUUUUGGUACAUCUAAUCCCUUGUAAAGAAUAAUAUAUCUGAUUGUAAUCGCAAGUUUAAGAUACUUUCAAUAGUUAAAGAAUAAUACAAAGGUAAAAUUCUUAAAAAGGAGGAACUAGCCUUAGAUAUUAAUAUUUGUAAAUUAUAAUAAUUUUAAGUAGCUACACAUCCCUUUGACAAAAAUUAUCUUAUUGAUGUAAGGAAUCACUCAAGCGUCUCCCUCUUCAUCACUUAUUUUUCCUUGGACUGGCGCCCACCUUCAUGAACACUUUUUGACCAUGGACUCUUUGUCCUAUUAAACUUACCGGCUCUUUUGGUAUAAAGAGAACGAAGAAUUAUUCAUCGGAACUAACUUUUGGCAGAAGCUCGCUCUUGUGCAGGCAUCCGCUCGUGGUGCUUACGUGCGUAAUCAACAAUGUUUUUGCGGAGUGAGACCAACGCUGUAAAAUUGACCUGUGACCUGUUUAAAGAAACACUAGUGAAAUUUUCCAGAAGACCCGACCUUUGACUGUUCAACAAAAUAAUAUUGGUGAAGUCUAACAACCUGGAACUUAUCCUGGCUCUUCUACUUUCUCCUCCCAAUAAAAUACAGUUAUAAAAGUAAAUAAUUGCUUUUUACCUUGUAUUACUUUUUAUGUCUUAGGUUUCGUGUUUUUAUUACUAAAUUGUAUGUCCUUCAUGUGUUUUGUUGACUGUGGAAGUGACUUAACUUUCAAUUUAGGUAUGAAAUCACCAACUUACACUAAAAUUCGACCAUGAGAAUGUAACUCAUUUGUAACCCAAGAAUUAGUCACCCUGCAUGAGUAGAGCAGGUGUUGGAUUGAUAAAUAGUUGAAAACUACAAUUAUGGUAUUUGUAUAUUUGCCUUUUUUCAUAAAUGGUACCUCAACUUAAGAGUGUUUUGUGAUAACAAAUGUCACAGUGAAUCCCGUAAGAUUCGCCAAAACACCUGGGGCCUCAUGCACAGAGAGUUGCGUGGCUUUUCUACUAAAAAUGGACGUAAGAUCAAAUUCAGAAAACUGCAUACGCAAGCAAAAAUUGGGACGUAUUAAAGCAGGGGUGUUAAACGUACGGCCCGCGGGCCUGAACAGGUUUAAUCCCACCCGCGGCCCCACAAGAUGAGUUUGCUAAGUAUAAAAAUUAGCUGCAAUUUUUUUAAUGAAAGAAACUGCUGUUCUAAAUGUGUCCACUGGAUGUUGCAAUAGUAAUUCAAGUGUGACCCACGUCACACCUGACACUGUAUAAAGAUGACUUGUCAGCUGACUUUGGGUGCCCUCUUGAUUGGCUGCUGCAACUCCAAUCAGUGCAAGUGCAAGCAAUCAGCUGCUCCUGUUGUGGCUGGCAGCAGACUGAUGCAGUAUUGACGCACAAUACCUUCUUUUAUUGUAAAUGAGCCACUCAACGGAUAAAAUAACGAAACAAUAAGAUGAAAAGACUUAAGUCAGUGCUUCUCAAAUAUUUUAUGAUAGCGCAGGUGCAAGCAAUCAGCUGCACCUGUUGUGGCUGGCAGCAGAUGGCGGCAGACUGAUGCAGUAUUGACGCACAAUACCUUCUCUUAUUGCAAAUUAUCCACUCAACGGAUAAAAUAACAAAACAAUAAGAAGCAAAGACUUAAGUCAGUGCUUCUCCAAUAUUUUAUGAUACCCCCUGCGGAAAAAAAGAAAAUGUUUUGCGCCCCCCCCCCCCCACACUCUCCACUGUGACUAUAAAUAGUAUAAUUUGUCAAUAAAAUUGUUAUAACUAUACCUCUGUAUAACAUUGUAAGCUUAUCAAGAUAAAAGGAAACAACACACUUGUCUUUCCUCGUCUUCCACCGUGCUUGUGAAGCCAAGUGCUACAUUUGCGUCAUCGUAUUCUGGUACGGCAAAAAAAUCAUGUUCCCAAAGGUCACACGCGCCCCCUCGCAUCGUUCCGCGCCCCCCUCCCCUCCCACGGGGGCCCGCCCCUCUAUUUAAGAAGGACUGACUUAAGUCAACAUGAUCUUUGUAGUUUGGGAUCCGUGCUGCGGUCGCAAUUGGUUGACGGCGCGAUGCGCACCCUGAACUCCAUCGUAAAAAUGUGUGUUUCUAUAUUUGUUGUUUGUUCUUUUUUAUUUUUUUGCUUUUAAAAAGGAUUAUUUGUAUUGUGUACAUUUUCAGAAUGUGCUUGUUCUAUUGUUGGCCAAAG